AGGUGUUUGGAGGGAGGAAUGUUAAAGUGAAGUGCUAGUAAAGAGGAUCUGUGUGUGUGUGUGUGUAUGUAUGUAUGUUUGUGUCCACAUCUGUGUUUUGCAGACGUGUGGAAGGCUCUCCUUUCUUUCUUUGUAUCUCUCUUUGCCUCUUUUUCUGUCUUUUUUCACUUUUGUACUUGCCAGCUUAAAGUACCAAAGUAGAGAGUAGUUUCUGUCCACGUUUUUCUCUAUCUAUUAGUCACUGUUUUUAUUGGCUUAGGGCAAGCCAGCAUUUGCGUAGCUUUCAUUGAGUUCAGCAGUGCGGAGUUCAGAGUUACAGCAGGAAUGAUUUUAACUGUAGGUGAAACAUUCUCAAACGGAGCAAGUUCUAACUCGGAUGCCAGGGGGAUCGGAGAAACUGGGGAGGGGGUGCCAGAGGUCCCUGAGGGAGCAGACUCUUCAGGAGCUAUGCAGCAGGUGUUGGAAAACCUGGGUGAGUUGCCCUCCACCACAGGGGCUAAAGACCUUGACCUCAUCUUCCUCAAAGGCAUCAUGGAGAGCCCUAUCGUACGCUCGCUGGCCAAGGCACAUGAGCGUUUGGAGGAUGUAAAGUUGGAGGCAGUACAAGAGAAUAAUGUUGAGCUUGUGACUGAGAUUCUGGGUGACAUCAGCGGACUGAGUGUACGAGAUGACAGCGCAGCAGAGCUCUCCAAAAUCCUGCAGGAACCUCACUUUCAGUCUCUUCUGGAGGCCCAUGACAUUGUGGCAUCUAAAUGCUAUGAGGCCCCACCCCCUCCUGAAUUAACCAAUGAUGCAGCAGUGAACAAUGCUCUCUUGCAGGCUGAUGCAGUCAGGAUGAUUGGUAUCCGUAAGAAAGCAGGAGAACCACUGGGUGUGACCUUCCGAAUGGACAAGGGGGACCUGGUGAUUGCUCGGAUUCUUCACGGAGGGCUGAUUGACAGGCAGGGGCUGCUACAUGUGGGUGACAUCAUAAAGGAGGUGAAUGGGAAGGAUGUUGGCAAUAAUCCUACUGAGCUUCAGGAGAUGCUAAAAGAUUGUAGUGGAGGAAUAACACUGAAAAUACUGCCCAGCUAUAGAGAUGCUCCAGCACCACCACAGGUAUACGUGCAACCACAUUUUGACUACAAUCCAUCCAAUGACAAUCUAAUACCAUGCAGAGAGGCGGGGCUUGCUUUCAAAAGGGGUGAUAUCCUGCAGAUUGUCAACCGGGAAGACCCAAACUGGUGGCAGGCAUGCCAUUUGGUGGGAGGAGCUACCGGGCUGAUUCCUAGUCAGUUCCUGGAAGAAAAGAGAAAAGCAUUUGUUCCUAGAGACUUGGAUGGAGCAGGAAUCCUGUGUGGAACAAUGACUGGGAAAAAGAAGAAGAAGAUGAUGUAUCUUACAGCUAAGAAUUCAGAAUUUGACCGACAUGAACUUCAAAUCUAUGAAGAGGUAGCACGUAUGCCGCCAUUUCAGAGAAAAACCCUCGUUCUGAUUGGAGCACAGGGAGUGGGCCGUCGUAGCUUAAAAAACAGACUAGUUGUAUUACAUCCCACCCGCUUUGGUAACACUGUACCACACACGUCUCGGCGGCCCCGUGAAGAUGAGCGAGAUGGUCUGUCGUAUAGAUUUGUAACACGGUUAGAGAUGGAGAUGGACAUUAAGGCUGGCCGUUACCUGGAACACGGAGAAUAUGAUGGCAACCUCUAUGGCACUAAAAUCGAUUCCAUCCACGAGGUGGUCAAUACUGGGCGCACCUGUAUUCUAGAUGUCAAUCCUCAGGCUCUGAAGGUGUUGAAAACAGCAGAGUUUAUGCCAUAUGUUGUGUUCAUCGCAGCACCAGAGUUUGACACACUGAAGGCAAUGCACAAAGCUGUGGUUGAUGCUGGAAUCACUACCAAACAGCUCGGAGAUGUGGACCUGAAGAAGACUGUGGAUGAAAGUGCUCGUAUUCUGCGGGCUUAUAGACACUACUUUGAUCUCAUCAUUGUCAAUGACAACCUAGACUGUGCAUUUGAGACACUGCAGUCGGCCGUGGACAAACUUUGCAAUGAACCGCAGUGGGUUCCAGUGAGCUGGGUCUACUGAGGACACCUUUAAAAGAUCACCGUACAAGAGGGUUUGAGCGUGUAUGAGUGUGUGUGUGUGUGUGUGUGUGUGUGUGAGUGGUAUCUGAGGUGAUGGAUUUGUGGAAGUGAAGUUACGCGUUUGGAUUGACCAACCAAAUGAGCGUCAUCUCCUUUAACCUCACCGAUAGCCCCAACUUCUCUUUUGUGUACACAAUGCAAUGGUUUUUUCUACUCAAACUGAAAGGGAAGAGUACUUAUUUAUUUUAGUAUUUGUAUGUUUUUAAAGGAUAUCUUUCUAAUCGUAACAUCUUGGGAGUUUGGAGAGAAGAGAAAAUAAGGAAAAUUAAAGCUGGCCUUGAUGAAUCCGAGGCCAUAUUUUUUAAUUUAUUGUUUUAGUAAUUUAUGCAUGUGUUUCUGUUUUUCAUUUUGUAGACCCUAAACUGUGACUUUGAUUUAUUCUCAAAUGUCUGACUAACCUGACAGUGUAGCAGGCCAAGGGCUCAUAUAGAACAUUCUAGAACACAAUCUAGAUCUGAAAACUAUGAACCAUAAAACUGUUUACAUACACCCUCGACUCAACCCUUUUUCAGCCACAUAACUUGAACUGUAUCAUGUGCUUGUCUUCAUAUCCAAAAGAGAUGUAUUGAAUCUCUUUUCUGCAAAAGUCCAUAUCAGUGUGUGCAGCUUAUUUUAUAAUUAGUCUGUUUUGUAACUUUACAUUCACUGAAUUUGUAUCUGUGUUGUAAAAUGUUUGGAUGCACAUUGUGUCUAAUGAUUCUCAGUUGUUUUCUUUAGUGUCCUUUAAGGAACUGAACAAAUAGUCCUGUUGCUUUCAGUCAUACCUUUUCUGAGCAACCUCUUUCUCUGCAUUAAAACAUCUGCAUGUUUUUCUUAUAUGUAACAAAAAUUCUGUCUCAAAAUCACACGCCUGCCAAAGUUUCUGUUAAUGUGUUUUUGUCACCGUCUCCAUGUCAUCAUGACCUCUACAACAAGGCAAUAAAUAAACGGAACAUUUUUA